CCGAGAGACACCGAGGGAAGGCAGCCCGCGGGGUGGCAGCUGCCAGCCCGCGCCCGCCGCCAUGAGCUCCCCGCAGCGGCCGCCGCUCGCUCACGUCUUCAAGGGGACCUUCGUGCACUCCAGCGCCUCCGCCCCCAUGGAGAUCCUGCACGGACACCUUCUGGGGGUGGACGAUAACGGGACAAUUGUGUUUGUGGAACAAGCUGAUCAGCUAGAGGAACUGGCUAAGACGUGGGGGUUCAAAACAUCUGACAUAAGACAACUGAGUAAACAUGAAUUCUUCAUGCCGGGAUUGGUUGAUACACAUAUUCAUGCUCCUCAGUAUUCAUUUACUGGUACAAGAGUAGACCUGCCUCUUUUGCAGUGGUUGACUGCCUACACAUUCCCAACAGAAGCCAAAUACCAGGACAGUGGUUUUGCAGAAGAAGUGUACACCAGAGUUGUUAGACGAACUCUAAAGAAUGGCACGACUACAGCUUGCUACUUUGCAACUAUUCACACAGAUAGUUCCCUUCUUCUUGCUGAAAUUAUAGAUAAAUUUGGUCAACGAGCAUUUGUUGGAAAAGUCUGCAUGGAUGUGAAUGACAGUGUUCCAGAAUACAGAGAGAUUACUGCUGACUCUGUCCAAGAGACAGAAAGGUUUGUUAGAGAACUACUGGAAAAGAAAUAUCCCAGAGUACAGCCUAUCAUAACCCCCCGCUUUGGCCCCUCCUGCACAGAGGACUUGCUGAAUGCCCUUGGGGAUUUAGCACAAACCCAUGAUCUCCACGUGCAGAGUCACAUAAGUGAGACUGAGGAAGAAGUCAAACUUGUGAAGGACAUGUUUCCUGCCUACCAGAAUUACACUGAACUGUAUGAUAAAAACAAGCUGCUAACCAGCAAGACUGUGAUGGCACAUGCCUGUCAUCUUUCUGAAGAAGAGCUGAAACUUUUUAGUCUUCGUGGAGCUGCAAUUUCACAUUGCCCCAAUUCUAACUUUUCGAUGUGCAGUGGUGUCUUAAAUGUGCAAAAGGUUCUCGAACACAAUGUGAAGCUUGGUCUUGGCACAGAUGUUGCAGGUGGAUAUUCAGCUUCUAUGCUUGAUGCUAUAAGGAAAACAAUGAUGGCAUCUAAUAGCCUUCAGAUCAAUAAAGUGAAUGAAACAGGACUAACUCUUAAAGAAGCUUUUCAGCUAGCUACUCUGGGAGGAAGCCAAGCUCUAGGACUGGGUGAUGUGAUUGGAAACUUUGAGGUGGGAAAAGAAUUUGAUGCACUGCUAAUCAACACGAAGGCUUCAGACAGCCCUUUUGACUUGUUCUCUGCUGAUGAUUUUGAGGACACUCUCCAGAAGUUCCUGUAUCUAGGUGAUGAUCGGAAUAUUUCUGAAGUGUAUGUGUCUGGAAAGCAAGUGGUUCCUUUUUCAAGCUCUGUAUAAAUCUGUUUUCUGUUUGCAAAAUACUCUGCUGGUCAUUCUGCAUCUGAUUUGGAAAAGACUGAUUAAGCACAGUGCCUGAUCAUCAAGAAUGACACCUCACUUUUGGAUAAUGUUAAAAACUUGCAUACAUUGAAAAUUUCGUUAGACCUUUCAAGAAAUACUAUACCAAAAUUUUCAUAGUUCUAGAGGGAAUGGCUAUUUAAAUUUCUUUGCAAAAAUAGCAUUUGUGCAUUGAUUGGGGAUUUGAUAAAUACCUUAUUUAAAGAGGGCACCUGUGGCUCUGUUUAAUAAUAGUAUAGGAAGCAUUAUGUGGUACAAUGAGAUGUUCAUUUUCUAUAGGAAUUUAAAAAAAAAAAAAACAACAACCCAGUGCUUGUAAAUUGAUUUUGCAGGUAAUGAAUAUCAUGGAAGAAUGCAAUUUCCAUAAUGUUAUUAUCAAGUAUGGAAAAAUCAGUGUCCUUUUGGAGAAUGUAGUUUUCAGUUUUUCCUAUGAACUUAAAAAAAACCUUAAUUUAAAACACUAUUUUUAAAGAAGAGUUAAGUCAGAAGUGUGUGUUUGUAAAUAAAUAAGGGUCCUUAUUUAUUUAUAAGAUGCAAGAGUUUAGGAUUGUCGUUUGUAGUCAGACACUCCAUUGAAUUACCUUGAUCUGAGUGAUGGCUGAAUUAAACUUCUUUUAAAUUAGAAGCAGGCACUAAGAUAUUUCUACAGGCUACACGAAGGCAAACAAAUUAAGAGGUAUUUCAGGACUAGAGGGAGUGCUUCAUUUAGUUCAGCAUCCUGCAGAAUCUUCCCAAACUCAUUUGCUCCUGACUGUUCAGACAGGAUGAUAUGAUGAUGUCCCUUCUCCUUUCUGUAAGGGAAGUGAGUGCAUUUAAAAAUUUCCAAGAUAAAUGGUCUCUUUCUGGCCAUUACCAUCUUUGACUUGAGGUGAAAAUCAUCACUGAAAAAAGGAGCUCAGCUUUAUUGUGCUCUUUGUGUUUUUCAAUGUGGCAGCCAUAAUUCCAGCCCUGUAGAAUUCCAGGAUUCCAGGUAAAAAAAUAUGCCCUUUUUGUUUUGGAAAUCUGUGUGACUUUCUUUCCUAAAAUGGCAUAUUUCCCUGCUGCUUUUUUUUUUUUUUUUUUUUUUUUUUUGUUUGUUUGAUGAGGGGAUUUCUUCUUGUUUCUCUGUUGUGUUUUUUGCAACACAAAGAAUGUACGCGUUGAUUUCAGGGUCAUUAGAGACCAAUAUUGUAUUUAGAUACUGUAAACAUGUAUUGAAUAUGGUUUUAAGGCUUACUUCAAGCUUCUUUGAUUUUAAUAAGCCUUGUUUCGCACUUUUAUCUCACUGCCUGGGGAUAUAGGACUUACCUCUGUUUACAAAGCAAGGGAGGUCACUGCACCAAAGUUUCACUACAGGUCUACUUCAGAGAGAGUGCUUGGCCAGCGCCACUCAUAAUGUUCUGAUUUUAAAAGAAUUAUCAGAGCUUAUGUAUUGUUAUGAUUAUGCCUACAUGAGACAGCAUAGCGUCAAGGGGAAGUGUAACAACUGAUCUGGGCACUUAAAGCAGUACCGUCUGUUCGAUGUGGUUUCCUUGCCAAAGCUGAGGGCCGUACCAGUCAGCAGGGAAUAAGCAGGAGGUGUCUUGCAGGCAUCACCUGGGUCAGGAGCUGGUCAGAGCUGGCUCAGGCAUCCUCCUGGCUGCUGCACCCUGCCGCUGCGUGCCGAGGUACAGCCUUCCUACCUGUUAUGUUCCAAGACUUCUAAGGCUUUAGGAGUCAAGACCUGAGGAUUAAGACUUACACAUUCCAUCAGGGUGUCUUCUCAACUUUAUGUUUUGCAUGUGUCCCAAUCACCUGCCCAGCAGCACACUUGUUCAGCAAACAACAACCUUCAUCUCUUUAACUUGCUUUCCUGAUUCAGGGACAUUUAUUCUCAUGAAUUUUGACAUGAAUUUAAUUGACCAAAUUUCACAUUUCAAAACCAAAGAACUGUGAGACACAUGUUUUAAUCCUCCCAGUUACUGUUUGAAACUAUUUUUAGGGAAUUACCUGGUUUUCAGCUUUGGCUUUCCUGUGGUGAAGAAAGAUCACGCAGGCUUGUGUACAAUGUAUGCUAGUGCCCUACUUCUUUGUCUCCAGAGCUAUGAAUUAAAUCAAUGCUUUUAUUUUAGUGGUAGUCUUAACUGUCUCUGACUUAAUUGUUUUCCCAUUAUUUUGUGGUGUUUUUAAGAAAGGGAUUCAGCAUUUCUUAAAAUACUUUUAGGGGGUGGACAGGUUGCUUAUUUGCAAUAUGAGAACACACCAAAACUUUAACAAGUUCAGGACUACACUGCUGGGCCAAUUACAAAGGGACUCAAGAAUAACUGCUGCCAGUGAGCUUUGUAUCUGAAUUUUUACUGGGUCAUGAGCAGUUUGACUCUUGUUAAAUUCAGGGACAAGGUAGGAAUUCCUCUUCUGAUUAAAGCUUUUCUAAUGUCUAGUAUCCAGACAUUACCCAGACACAGCAAUGGAAAAUCAUCUUUUUAAGAAUCUCAGCUGGAGGAGGAACUCUACCUGCAAGUAGUGCCAUGGACUCCCUGCAGCACUCUGCAAUGCCCAGGACAGGAGGAUUGAGGCCCAAGAUGGAUAGCCUUACAUAAAAUGCUGAGGUGUUUAGGGGUAAAGGAAAGAAGUCUGAAUUUGAUGUUUGAGGAGGCCACUGGAGGAGUUCAUAUAAAAAUAAACUGAGGGACUUUUGACAACAACAUUUAAAUAGAUCUGAAUGGAGAAAAAAUUUGCUGCCAGAAAAGCUAAGUGGGGUCAUUGAAGGCAGUCCCAAAGGUCUGUUGAGUGGAAGAUGGCUUAUGCACAAACAUUUAAAGGUUUUAGCUCAUACAAAGAAUGUAAUAGUCAGAAUUCUCAGAAGUAAUUUAAGGAAAAUUACUCACGAAGGAUCAAUAAGGAUCCCACUGUAAAGUCUUGGUCCUUGAGACUCUGUACCUGUGUGCAGAUUGCCAAGAUGUUAGUUUUGGUGGGGGAGGAUCACUGGUAAAAGCUGUUACUGCUGAGACUUACACAUGUACACUAUGUACAUCUCAAGACUACAUACAUUCUGCUUCCUUGGAUAGAUGCUCCUACUGCACAUGCACUUUGAAGCAGGUGAAGUAAUGGGUUCAUAUUCUUAGUGUCUCUUUUAGAGAUUGGAGUAUAUUUGGAAGGCAGCUGAGCCCCCAGUGUAGUUUUCUCCAAGAUAAGCUUAAUUCUUGUAUACCAAAACCACCCUGCAAACUGAACCAAAGUUCAGGAAAGGAGAAUGAUUGGGAAUUUAGAGCAGCACUAUUGUCUCAAACCAAAAUGCUAACAGAGGCUAGAACUUGAACUAUUCCCUGCCUGUCCUCAUGCCAUCACAGAACCUAGUAGCUGAAUACAAAUUGAAGCAACCCUCUUCUACUUUCCUCCCUUUUCCCCAUCACCACCCCCCCGAAAAAACCAAACAACCAAAAAAAACGCAAACCUUAAAAUGAAACAACUGAACAUUAAGAGGAUAUGAGUAUGUGGAAGAAAAUAAAGGAAUAAUUUUCAUCAGUAUAAUUUGAAAAAUGUGACAAUAUAAAUUGAUUGGUUAAAGAUGAAACCUCUGGAAAAAUGUACAUGCAACAGAUUCCAGAUGUCUCUCCCCACAAGUUUUCUUACCAGAUGGUAGAUGAGAUCUUUCUUGCUUAAUAUGUCUUUAUGUUCAAUGGUAGCACGCCAUUCAGACAAAGAUAAAAAAAAGGGUAUUUGUGUAAAGCUUGCUUGUUGGGACAAAAUGCUUACUGUGUUCUAUGGUCAGAUGAGCACUUAUUUAUUAUAAAUAGAAUGCAUUUGAAAUACUGUUAUAUGUUGGUCUCAUUGUGUCACUUUAGGUUUUGAAAUACUAGUAAGAAUUGCCUAUGCAUUAUGCAGCAUUAUUUGAAUUAUUCAUGUGUGGCAAGUGGAGUUCUGCACUUUAAAAUGUUGCCUUGGCCUAAUGUUUAUAUUUAUGCUGUAUUUUUGUGUAAUUCUAAGGUUUUGUAGGGGAAAAUUGUAUUUUUUCACUGCACUGAAAUUUUUUCAAUAAGUUGGCUUUCUUUUAGAAAAGGGAACUUUAAAAUUACCCUGUCUAAAAUUCUGUGCCUGAUUAUACACUCAUGAAUGGAAAAAAUUAUAAUAAUUUUAUGAACUUGAAUAGUAACAUUUAAUGUAAAAAGAAGUGCAGAGAAAUAGAAUUUUUUCAAAUAUAAUUAUCAUAAUACAAUGUAAAUUAGCAAAAGGUAUUACUGUUGAAUAGCUACAGUUAAAUUGAGCAAAAGAGAACAUAGUUAUUCUUGAUUAUUCAUUUUAAAAGAAUACUUAAACCCAAGUUCUUUAAAAGGAUGUUCCAGUUUUAAAAGGAAAAGAUAUUAAUGUCAUUACUCAGAUGAGCUGUUUAAAAAUAUGGUUUUAAGCAUUUCCAGGAACAAUCCACAACAGAUGAUAAGGUGGGCAUCUUUUAAAGGUCUGGAUUUUCAUUAAAAAACUAUGCUGCUUUAUUUGCAGCCUGGUAUGUGUUAGGAGUCAAUUCACCUGUAAAAUGAUCGUGUAGAGUCACAGAAUAAGCUGAGCUGGAAGGGAUCCUCAAGGAUCAUCAUGUCCAGCUCCUGGCUCCACAUAGCACCGUCCCCAAGGACAGGUAAAAAAUUAAUUUCAGAUGACAUUUGAAAAAACUGAUAGCAGAAUACAAAAUACUGCAAAGUAGAAAGGAGAUUGAUCUGAGGAACUCAUAAAAAGAAGAUGACAUGUCAGUGAAAUUUUAGGCGUGAAAUGCUCAGAAAAAAAGAUACAUUCCCAGGUAAUGUUCUGUUAGAUCAUGGAUGUCAUUCCUUCUAAAAGUCAUGGAGGUCCAAAACCUGACCAAGUUUCCAAAGCAGUUGCUUACAUGCUUAAUAAUACAAGCCCAGAUACUUGCUCAUGGCAUAAUUGUGUAACUCUCCACAGCUUCUAGAGCUCAGCUCCAAGAUUUAAAUCAAAAUUACCUGUAAUGGCUGCAGAGGAAACAUAAUGUAAGGGCAUUUUGUGUUUCAUCUAUACCUGUCCUGUGAAACAUUUAGCACUGGCCAGAGCAGAGGCUGAAUUAGUCUGGUCCCAGUGAAGAAUUUCUGUUUUUCAUGCCCCAGACAUCAUUCCCUGUCAUGUGCCUGGUGAUGCAGUGAUAACUGAGUCUAGCACAGACAUGCAGUCUGGUGUGACUGAAGUGACUGAAUACAAAGUGUUUUAAAUAUCAGAUUGUUUAGAAAUUAAGCUCAUUGAUGAGACCAAUGUGUACAUUUUAAAUCCCAUAAUCAUAUAUCUAGUAUGAAUGUCUAGAUACUAGGAAUUUGGCUUAAAUCUGUGGGGUUUAACUUCUGUGGAAAUUCUUUCUUAGAAAAUGCCCAGAAUCAGUGUUUUCCAACCAAAAGGUCCUUGUGGCUUCUGCAGAGGCAGUCACUUCUGCAGAAGUGAAUGCUUUGGUCAUGCCUAGACCCUCACUUCUUUACCCUGUCAUGACUCAUAAGUGUGUAUUGGCUUUAAUUCUGGUAUUGGUUUGUGAUUUCUCAUAGGCUGAGUCUUAGUUUGAAAAUAACUAUGGUGAAGGAGUGGAGGUGGGAGAAGGAAGAGGAUAAAGGGCAGAUCUUACAGCAGUCUGCCUAAUGCUUCUACACAAAAUAUUUGUCCCACCAGGUCGAUGUUGUUACGUUUGCGCAGCUCUUAGACUCAAUGAUUUGGCUUAAUGAACUUGAGUCAACUCAUAACAAUGAAACUCAGUCAAGGCUAGGACAUAAACUGUGAGCAGCUGACAAACACACACAGAUGUUUUACUGUGAUCUGCAUUUAAGCCGUCAGCAGCUUUCCUUGGCCUAGUGCUCCUAGGCAUAUUUAGAUACAAAAAACUGAAGAUAAGCCAGCAGGAGAAGGGGCCAGUUUUGGUGACAACUGAAGGCUGUAAACAGCAUCCUGUCUGGCCUUGUGGCUUUGGAGCUGGGUUGCGUACUCCUCUAACAACUUUUAGAGAUGAAGUUUUUAGGAAGCAUUAGCAUGUGCUCCUUACCUGAGGAUGUUUGCAUCCCUUACUUCAAGACAAAUUUUCUUUCCCCAAAGGAGAGUUCACAUCUUGCUGGAGUAAGUUUUUCUGAUGCUGAUUUGUCUGCUUGUCACCUGUUGUGCAUAAGCUCUGGUUCGUGUGAAAAUGCCUAACUGGAGUUAAUGUUGAGUUUAUCCUUCCUUUUGUAUUUGUGCAGUAUCAAGGAAGAACAAUGUAUUAAGAGAAAUUGUAUAUGCGAUUUCCACUGUUCUGCUUGGUUUUGGUCAUGCUAAAUAGGAAGUCAUGUACUGCUGAAACAAAAUAAAGAGGCCUUGUGUUUACACCAA